AUGGUCAUUCUGGAGCCUCUCCGUGGUCAUAUCCGCGAAGUUCAGGUUUCCACAGCUGGGAUCAAGAGCUACAUGGGUCAUGCUUCGGCUGUGCGUCCUGACAAGAGAGGGUUCUUCCUCUUCGCGCCCACGCGCACACCCACGACGCCUUCCAGGCUCUCGGUGUCCGAGUACUUCGCGGCGCGCCGCCUCAAGCACUGCCCGCAACGCGCAAGCCCUAGCUCCCCUCGAGCAUCAGCCCGCCAUACCAUGGACCUCAGCGAAUUCUUUGGUGACGAGGGAGAGGUGUUCGACACCGAGUCCGUGACGGGUUCUCCGAACCAAGAUGAUGCUGCGCGUCGCUCCCCGAACCGCGGCGCCUCUUCGCCCACGCCAUCAACACGCUGUGCAAAAGGAUCGACCCCAGUUGGUUCUCCGAGCCGUCGCGAGCCUGAGCGCCCCACGCGCACUUCUCCUGUGCGCUCUCCGAGCCGCCUCGCCACUGAGCGCGCUGCGCCAUUGAGGGAGGAGCCGCGGCCACCGCUGCGAACUCCGAAUCCGUUCCCCGAACGCUCGUCUGGUCUCCACGAGCUGCGCGCGCUCACUGAGCCAAGGUAUUCACCACCUCGUGGUGAAGGCUCCGAGCAGGUCGCGGUGCAAAUGGCGCCCAUGCGCUCCCAGCGCCCGGAGCUGCGGCCCUUGCUGAACCCCAGCGCUACCGACUACGGCUUCCGGCCUCGCGAUCCCGCUGAGGCGUGUCGCCAGGCGUUCCUGCAGUCGCUCGCAGCGCACGCCAUUGGGCCCGCGGCCCGUACGCCACAGGAGCUCUCUCUACGAACGUCUCUCCGAGAGCGACUCCUGAGGCGAGGCGGGUGA